ACCUGCGCGGCUUGUAAAAACCUGAGAGAAGAGAGGUGGCGGAAAGUCAGACUGGGUUAAUUUUGCAAGGAAAUCUGGAAACGGCGCACAAAGGCUUAUCAAAACUCAAAGAUAAUCUUUUUUUUGCUACUAUUCCAGGCUAAAUACUGGUUCAGAGUCUGCGGUCAGCCGGUGAACAGUAAGCGACCCAGAGCGCUUCUACCAGCUGGACAAACAAUAACAAUCCCUUUGCUGUCACAUCAUGAACCCUGAAUAUGACUACUUAUUCAAGCUUCUUCUGAUUGGAGAUUCUGGAGUUGGAAAGUCCUGCAUUCUCUUGCGUUUUGCAGACGACACCUACACAGAGAGUUUCAUCAGCACGAUCGGAGUGGAUUUCAAGAUCAGAACUAUUGAGUUGGAUGGAAAAACUAUUAAAUUGCAGAUAUGGGACACCGCUGGACAGGAGAGAUUCCGCACGAUUACAUCCAGCUACUACAGAGGAGCUCACGGGAUCAUUGUUGUGUAUGAUGUUACGGAUCAGGAAUCCUACAACAACGUGAAACAGUGGCUGAAGGAAAUCGAUCGCUAUGCGAGUGAAAAUGUCAACAAACUACUUGUAGGAAAUAAGUGUGACCUCACUACAAAAAAAGUUGUGGACUACACUACAGCUAAGGAGUUCGCUGACUCUCUUGGCAUCCCUUUUCUUGAGACGAGUGCCAAAAAUGCCACGAACGUGGAGCAGGCCUUCAUGACCAUGGCAGAGGAAAUAAAGAAGCGCAUGAGACCAGGGACUUCAGGGGGUUCCGAGAAACCUGAUCUUAAAAUCGAAAGCACCCCAGUGAAACAGUCAGGCGGCGGAUGCUGCUAGAGCAUAUUUUCUCAAGGAGUGUGAUGAGCAUGACUGGACACUGAUGAGUAUUGUGUAGAGAUGACCAAUUUGGAUAUUAAUGACAGACUUUCUCCUACAUGGUGCUCAAUAAAGUCAGAAAUCAUUACUGUUGUUUAACAAAGAAGCAUUCAUGGCUUAUCCCACAUUUUCGUUGUGUUUGAAAAUAAGAUUAAAGCACAGACACACUCUGAUUCAAAUGAAGGUGAAAAAUGUCCAGAUCACUGUGUUAAUAGUUGAUCCAAUUAAUUGAUCCAAUCGUGUGAAUAUUCAUAACCUAUGAACUGGGAUUCGCAACUCUGAAGUGGUGCCUUUUCUUGUUCAUGCUUUGAAGAAGAUCAAGUGGUUGAGUGGUCAUUGUACAUCAGCAUGGUAAAGCAGUGACUCUCUAGCAUUAUCACGUGGAGUUUUACUGUGGUUCUGUGAUAAUAAACUAAACUAUGUUGUUUUGUGUGUAUUAA